AUGGAGCCUCCUCUGUCUACAGCCCUUGGGUACUUCUCCUCGAGCUUGCUUCCCGAGAAGUUUCUUUCCCCGUCAUCGAACAAAUCACAUACUCCUUUCAAGACCCCCACCCCUCUUAAGAUAUACCCAAACCCCCUUCACCAAGCCUAUAAGCACAAGUCAAUCUUCGCCAAUAUGUCUACAAGACGUAUGACCCGCUCUGCCAGCAGAGCUAGUAGCAGAGGAGUUUCCCCCGCUGCCAGUGACGUGACUGCCACCCCGAGACGAGCCGGACGAUCGGCCGGAGGUACACCACUCCCCGCGGUCAACAUUCGAGCGAGUACGGCGUAUGGAACUAAUACGGUGCCAGCGAUUUCAGCCAGAGGUGGCCAGCCUAGUGAACAAGAACUUGGCAAUGCCCUUACCGAUAUUCUCAAGCCUGUGCUAGAAGAAGAAGAAGAAGAAGUAGAUGCUGUUGACAGCCCUAGCCGUGGCAGAGACGGUGGUCGACGUGGCAGCCCAGCGCUUCGAGGAACCGCUUCGUCGGAUGUGAACUUUAACCAAACCUUUGGAGACGAAAGCACGGUUUUCAAGGGUGCUGGGUUUGACUCUUCUUCAAUUGCCAGCGAAGACCAAGGAAGUCCUAACGGUUUUACCUAUGGAGUUCAUAUUCAGCAUGCCCAGGCUGAAGACUAUGAUGAGCUUGCUCUUGUAGAUGAAAGUGCUGGGUUCGCUCUUGCGGAAGAUCAUGAUGAGCUUGCCCUUGAACCAAGUCAUGAUGAACCCGUUGCCGGGCCCUCGGGAAAGACAGCUCGUGCACAAUCCGGUUUGAGCAAGGUAUCUGGAAGGCUUCGAAAGUCGCCUCCCAAGACUAAAGUGCCACAUGCUCGAGCUGAGGUCGAUUUUACUGAAGUUCCCGUCCGUUCAGGUCUCAUGUCGACUGUCAAGGACAAAGGCGCUGACCUUGUGGACUCUAUUUGCAUGCCAUUCUCCUGGGCCAUGGAAAAGCUCAGUGGGGGUUGGUUUUUGUGGCUGCCCUUGAUCUCUAUCUUGGUCCUUUUGUUGUCAUCUACUGGUAAAGGGCCUUCCAACGAUCCAGUAGUCAACCGGGAAGCUUCAUACCAGUGGUAUGGCCUCAACCUCCGACACAAUAUCGGCCAAUUCGUCCCUAACUGGAUCGCCCACCCGAUGGAGAAAUUAGGUUCUGAUGCCCUCCAGGGUGUGCAAACCGAUUUACGGGCCUUGGAUUACAAAUUGGAAUCGUUGAAUCACCAGGAAAAAAUUGAUUCUAAAGCCAUCGCCAAAAUCGAGAAAGCGCUUCCGGAUUUCCUCGUUGUCAAGAAAGACAAGUAUGGCGUCUUACAAAUUCCUCCUGACUUCUGGCAUGCCCUUCGAGAUUUAGUCCGCACCGACAAACUCAUUUUCGCUACCGAGACAACAAAACAUCUGCCAGCUUCAAAACCAAGCGAUACUGAGACGAUGACAGGAUGGGACAAGUAUCUUGAAAUCAAUCGCGCCAGGGUUAACCUCUGGUAUGGCCAAGAACUCGAACACAGGUUCCCCCAUCUUCUAAAGAAUAACAUCCUCGCGACAAAGUCAGAAAUUCUUGAUAUGGUGCGUCAGAACUGGGAAGAAAAUCAAGGUGGCAUCAAAACCGAGCUUCACAAGCUUGUGGAUGGGCUCAACAGGAAAUUGCUUCUCGCCAACUCACAAAUCCACUCGCUCCAGCAAGAAGGUAAAAGCCGCAACAAGGCGCAUAUACAAGCUAUGAUCGCCGAGUAUGUCCGAAGUAUAUUGCCGAUUGCUCAACUGCAGGCCCUCGCGGAUGCCAACUUGAAUAACCUCGACCACCACAGAGCAAAACUCAACCAUUGGUCUCAUGGAACCGGAGCUGUUAUUGACCCAUACGUGACUUCGGGAACUUACCUGUUUCCAAGUAUGAGGAAAGGGUCCGCUGAAAAGUGGAUCCGACAAUAUCUUAUGAAAAACCCUAUUCCGGUGCCCAAUCCACCUGAAGCUGCACUUACCAAAUGGGAUGAGCUUGGUGACUGCUGGUGUUCACCGUCCAAUGAUGAUGGCUUCGGCACAACCAUUGGUGUCAUUAUGGGAAACAGCAUCUAUCCUGAAGAGGUUGUCAUUGAGCAUAUUGCUCCUAGCGCCUCCCUCGAACCUGCGUCAGCUCCUAGAGAAAUGGAAUUACUGGCCUAUCUGGGCGAUAUUGACCCUAAGGAUUACGAAGCCAUCGAUGGCCUGUCAAAGCAGAUGUUCCCGGGUGAAUCGGACGUGGGGCCACGAGGCGCUCCCGACUAUAUCCGAGUCGCCACAUGGAGGUACGAUAUUCAAGCACCGCAUUCUGUCCAGACCUUCCCUGUUCAGCUUGACCUGACACCGUACUUGGCCCACACCGACAAGCUUGUUGUUCGUGCCAAAAACAACUGGGGAGGCAAAAGAGUUGAUUAUACUUGUCUGUACCGAAUCCGGGUCCAUGGUCGGAUGGGUCUACUAUCUCAAGCAUAA